CCAGAGAAAGGAAACAACCUACAUUUUUUGUGGUGGUUUUGACAGAUAUAAACUCUGAACGACACUAUUGUUCUUGCCUAACGUUCUAUGAAGCUGAGAUCGAUUUGCAGUGCCCUCCAAAUUCAUGCUCUCCAAAUUCCAAAUGUUCCCAUCAACCAAAAUAUUUGGGAAGCCCUGCUUUACAGAGAGGGAUCAAGAGUAACUGAAGGUGAGCAGGAAUCUGGGUUGAUUCAGCCUGCAGAAGUAUUUGCUCCAAAAAGCCUAGUAUUGGUGUCCAGGUUGGAUUAUCCAGAAAUAUUCAGGGCUUGCCUUGGCAUAGUGUACACUGUGUAUGUGGACAACCUGAAUGUUUCAUUGGAAAGUCUCAUUGCAAAUCUCUGUUCAUGCUUUGUUCCUGCUGCUGGAGGGUCACAGAAACUGUUUUCCCUAGGAGCAGGAGACAGGCAACUGAUACAAACUCCUUUACAUGAUAGCCUUCCAGUUACAGGAACUAGUGUGGCUCUUUUGUUUCAACAAUUAGGAAUUCAAAAUGUGCUGAAUCUAUUCUGUGCAGUCCUUACAGAAAACAAAGUCCUCUUUCAUUCUGCUAGUUUCCAAAGACUGAGUGAUGCCUGCAGAGCAUUAGAAUCCUUAAUGUUUCCUCUCAAAUAUAGUUACCCGUACAUUCCAAUUUUACCUGCACAACUCCUGGAAGUUCUAAGUUCACCAACACCUUUUAUUAUUGGUGUGCAUUCUAUCUUCCGUAAUGAUAUUCAUGAACUUUUAGAUGUAAUCAUAGCAGACCUAGAUGGUGGUACAAUUAAAAUUCCUGAGUGUAUUCACCUCUCCCAGCUCCCAGAACCACUGCUCCAGCAGACUCAGACUUCUCUAUCUCUAGUUUUAUAUCCAGAUUUGGCAACAGCAGAUUAUGCAUUUCCUCCUCCUCGAACCGCUCUGUCACAUUCCAAAAUGUUGAGACAGCUGAACAAAGUGGAGGAAACAAGCAGCAGCACCAGCAUUGCACCUUUUUACAACAUGCCAGGACUAAAAAUGGCCUGGAUCCCUUUUCUCAUUGAUGGACAAGGCAUCACAAAAACACCAAAAAUAGUGAUUCUCCAGCAGCCGGGCAAGAAACAGGUGGUGCCACCAACGGUAACCUUCUUAUGCCUGGACAGACCAGAGAAGCUGGAAAAGGAAAUGCAGCAGCAGCACUCAACUUAUCAGGGUCAUGCUGAUGACAUGGAUCUCCCUGUACUUCUUUGA